AAUGGAUGAAUAUGAUGAGGAAUAAUUUGAGCAUUCAGAAUGUUUAGAUGAAAAUAAUGAAUUUAUGAAUAUAGAUUAGGAACAAUAAUAAGGAGAAGGAGAGUUAGAGUAAUGUGAAAUUUGUAGUCGAAAAUUUCAUAAUGAGAGAAUAGGCAAGCAUAGAUAAGUGUGUGAGAAAGCAUAAUAAAAAUAAAUGGAAAGAGAUAAACUGAUAAAACGUAAAUAAUAACAGAAAGCUGAGGCUUAAUAGAAGUUGGAUGUUAAGGAGAGAGAAGUGAAAAAUAAAACAGUUAAUAAUUGGAGAGAACAACAUAAAUAAUUUUAAGAGAUGAUUCAUGGAAAUAAAAAAGAGAAAGAGGUAAUGAAUAGAAUGAAUUGAUGAGGUUGAAAAUGAAGGGAAUGAGGGAAGAAGUAUAAAGACUCCAUAAUUGGUAGAAAACUCAUAGUAUGUGUUUUGUGAAUAUUGUUAGCGUAGUUUUGAUAGAUGUAUAAAUAAAAAGAAUUAUUUGAAGAUGUUGCAGAGAGACAUAUACCAAAAUGCAAAGAAAUCAAAGCUAAACCAAAACCACCUAAAAAACAUCAAUAACAAGAAAUGAAAAGAACUACAUAAUUAAGCACUGCAUCUACUACAAAUUAGAAUGAAUAUAUUGAUUAAACUAAGUAAUCUUUUCGUGCUUAAAGUUUAAUGAAAACUGCUGAAGUUUAGAAAAGAUAACUUCCAGAAUUAAAGAAAGCUAUCUAUACAGGCUUUGGUAUUAUAGAGAAUUAAAAUAAAUUAGGGUUUAUGGAUUGUUAAACAAGGGCAACUGCAUUAUCAGAUACAGAAUGUCCUCAUUGUCUUAGAAAAUUUAAUCCUAAAGCUGCACUUCGUCAUAUUCCCAUUUGUGAAAAAUUGAUGAGUAAAGAAUAAUUUAGUAAAAAUUAUUAAUAUCAAUAUAAGAAAUGAAAUUAAAAAAUAAAGCUUAAUUAACAAAACCUAAAAAAUUAGAAACUGUUUUACCAGCUAUAAUCAAUCAACAACCAUAAAUAAAAAAGAUUCUUAAAGAAACAGAUAUCUAAUUGAAACAUUAAUCUAAAUUUUGUACUUAAUGUGGAAAUAAGAUGUAAUUAGGACAUAAAUAUUGUGGAGGAUGUGGUCAUAAAAGAGAAAAUGAAUAAUGA